ACCCUUCUUGCAGAGCAUGUUAACAACUUACAGAAAUUAUGCAGACUAUGUGGAAAUUCAACAAAAAAUAAUGAACGGACUAGUAAAACAAACUUCUCCAUGGAACUUCUGCAGCUAUAUGACAUAGACGUUUUUAAAGAUAUUCCAUCUGUUCAUCCCGAAUUCGUAAGUAUCAUAAGUAAGUUUCGUCAGCAUCUUUCAUCAUUGAUGAUUUAAACAAAAUGGCUGACACACUGUGGAUGAGCAUGUUGCUCAACUCCUCUUAUGGCGUUAGUCAAAGGGGAGAACAUAUGCGUGACAGAGAAAGGUUUACAGUGUCGAAGUCCUUCGAUCAGCUCUAGGUAUUAAGGGGUUCGAAAUGAUCGCACUCAACCCACAAAGCAUUUAUGGACUAACAUCAACCGAUGUUGGACUGCUUGUUGGAAACGCUUUGCGAAAUUCUUAAGGGAACAUUAGAAUGGUUAUUAAACCUUCUGACCAACAACACUGGAUAUCAAUCAAGGAAAUAACUGGUGGGUUUUUGUUGAUGGACUCUAAGAAAUCGCAGCCAAAAUACUUGAACACGGACGAAAUGGGACUGAUUGUUCGUGAAAACUGCGAAACACCAGGGGCAGUCCAUUUUGUUUUUAAAACAUCUAAGGAAAUUGUUGUGGAUAAGACAAGGAUGGAAGAGGACACGUUGAAAGGAACGAUGGGUACAAAUCUAGAAAAAGAAGUGACAGACACGAUGGAAGAAGGCGUGUGGAAAGGAACGAUGGCUGGUGGUUCAGGUACACAAGAUUCUGAAGAUGUCAUAGGGGGGACCUCAGGCUGA